AUGGCCCCUCCAUUGCCGCCGCCGCCCGCGAUGCAGCCUCCGUCGUCCAAUGUCACCCCAGCCCCACUGCUGCCCGACGCAGGUGCAUCAGCCUCCGAAGCCUUACAAAACCUAAGCCUCCACGUUACCCAUUCCUCCUUGGGUCUCGCAACCCCUGUUGACGGUGACUGCGGUGGAGGAUCCUGCAGCAAGCCGCCACUAGCGCCCAAGAAGAAGUCCAAGUCCAAGUCGAAGAGGGACAAAAACAGCAUCUAG